GACAUGUCUCCGUUCAUCAGGAGGUACGCGAAAUACUUGAACGACAAGGCCAUGUCCUACAGAUCGGUCGCCUUUGACUUUUGCAAAGUCAAGCGGGGGAAAGAGGAGGGCACGCUUCGGACGAUGAACGCGGAGAAGCUGUUGAAGACGCUGCCGGUGCUGCAGAGCCAGCUCGACUCGCUGCUCGAGUUCGACUGCUCGGCCAAUGAUCUCACGAACGGAGUCAUCAACAUGGCCUUCAUGCUGCUCUUCCGAGAUCUCAUUCGGCUGUUUGCCGGCUACAACGACGGCAUCAUUAAUCUCUUAGAGAACUAA